UAAAUUGUGAGUGGUACAAUUGGAGGAGUCGGGUACGAAACUGUCCUUUCGUGUUUCCUGUUAAGGACAGUUAACAGUCUCAGCUUUUAAAACUCCGUUACAGAAGGUGAACCGGGGGGGCAUUUCUGUGGAGGUAAUAUGGCUGGAAAGAAAGACAGCGACGGCGGAUGGAGGACAUUUAUAUGGAAUUCAGAGAAGAGAGAGUUUCUAGGACGAACAGGGGGCAGUUGGCUUAAAAUCUUCCUGUUCUACGUGAUUUUCUAUGGAUGCUUGGCUGGAAUUUUCAUCGGGACCAUUCAGGCCUUGCUACUGACCUUAAAUGAGUACAAACCCACCUACCAGGACAGAGUUGCCCCCCCAGGCCUGUCACACACACCCCGCUCCGAAAAAUCUGAAAUCUAUUUCGAAAAGAGUAACAACUCUACAUAUAAGAAGUACAUCGACAGCAUGGCGGCGUUUCUGAAGCAAUAUGAUUUAACGAGACAGAUUGAUGAAAUGAAAUAUGAGGAUUGUGGAGACGUUGCAGCGCCAUACAAAGACCGCGGAAAUCUGGAAAGUGAACUAGGACAGAGGAAAAGUUGCCGUUUCGACAGAAAGUUGCUUAAGAGCUGCUCCGGGUUGGAUGACACUUCUUUUGGCUUUAAGGAGGGAAAGCCAUGCCUUAUUGUCAAGCUCAACAGGAUUGUCAAUUUCAGACCAAAGACUCCUUCCAGCAAUGAUUCACUUCCAGAAGGUCUGAAGGGCAAAUCCUUUGAUAACCUCAUCCCCAUUUACUGCAAGAAUAAGAGGGAGGAAGAUGAAAGCAAGAUUGGAGAGAUCAAGUACUAUGGCCUCGGGGGACCUGGCUUCCCUCUCCAGUACUACCCCUACUACGGCAAACGGCUCCAGCCCCAGUACCUGCAGCCUCUGGUGGCCAUCCAAUUCACCAACCUCACCAUGGGAGAGGAGCUCCGCAUCGAGUGCAAAGUGUACGGCGACAACAUUGACUACAACGAGAAGGACCGCUAUCAGGGACGCUUUGACGUGAAGUUCACAGUGAAGUCAUGACCUCAAGCACGAUGAGCGCAAACUAAACGUAGAGAGAUAUUCAAGAGUUCAGAUAAAACACCACUAGUCUUUGAACAUUCAUUAUUUACAGGACCUACACUUAAUCUGUGUGCUUUACACUAGCUUUUCUGUGUUUCUGUCCCGAGUUAGAAUGUAAAAAACAAAAAAGUAGCAAUAGCAAAUAUUUAUUCUACUGUAAAUGAAAAAAAACAAAACAAUCCUUGAGCUAUGGGAUGUUCAUCAAUUACUGUAAAACUGCAGUUUCACUACUGAUGUGUAGCGAGUUGUGUCUCUGUCCCCAUGGUGUUUCAUCCUAACGUGGUUUCUAUAUAUUUUUGAAGUGUCCAGAGUUUGUAGGCUAGUCCUGUUGUGAUCUCUGUCUUAUGUCUGCUUUAGUGGUCCAAGGUGUGUGUGUGCGCGCUCGCUUGCAGGCGUCUGUAGUUCAUGUGAGUGCGUGGAGUGUUUGUCAAUGUGCUCAGACUAACUGAAAUACUAGGAUGGUACUCUGAACCUUUAAGGCCCAUGUGUGAGUAGAUGACUGCGCUCCAUCUUGUGUUUUUAUGCAUUUCCUUAUUCAAGUUUGCUGUAGAAUCUGUUUAUUCACUUUUUGUUUAGCUUCACAGUUAGAUAGGUUUAGAUGAAGUUUCUGUUUGAGACUCUUAACAUCUCUUCGUUCUUAAUUCAUAGUGUAAAGCUUUGUGGGUCCAGCCUAAGAAGACUGUCACCUCCAUGGAAACCGUGGCAACUCAGUGCUUUGAAAUCUGUUUUGCUGGAGACGUCACGUUCCGUGAUGUAACUUACUAUUGAAUGUUUUAGCCAUUUUCAUAAUGGAAGAAUUUUAUAUUUAUGCAGUUGUACAUUUUUUUUUCAAUGUGUGAUGUGUAUGAAUCCAAUACCAAAGUCGCUGGUCUAAAAGUUAGAGAAAAUCAGAAGCAAUGCAGUAUCCCGUGUAAUAAGAUGUUUUUAGUGGGUGUGAAAAAUACUUAAUUCAAUGUUUAAGAUCAAAACACAUGUCAGGAGUCUGAUCUUGUCACUUUAUUUAAUCUGGACAAGGCUGAAACAAUAAACAGAAAAAUGAGACAACA